AUGAUAAAGUUUAUUGAUGGAAAGAAUGGUUCUACCUCAGUGCAACAAGUUCCAAUUACUUCUUGGUCUAGAUUUGUUCAAAGACCAUCCCCUCCAACUUCAUCAAGUCAACCUGAAAUUCCUAAAGAAGCAACUGAUAUUAAGGUAACUUCUACACAAAAUCCUAUCAAAUAUAAUUUUAGAAAAAAUCAAGGAAAAGGAGUUUGGAUUGCUGAACCAAAAAUAAAAUGCAGUUCUUCAUUCUGCAAUAAGUUAAAUUUACCUGGAAUGCAAAAGAUGGUGAUUCAUAAUUCAGUUUCAAAUAAUAAAGGCAAUAUAUGGUUAUUCUGGAAUCAAGCUUUAUCUACUCCAAUUGUUAUAUCAAUGUCUAGCCAAAUGAUUACACUGGAUGUUGGAGGUAGUUUAAUAUCUGGUGUUCAUGCUCAUGUUGGUUAUAUUCAAAGAAGAAUUCUCUGGUCUGAAAUGGAAGCAAUUAGUGUUAUGAAUAAACCUUGGAUGAUUAUAGGUGAUUUCAAUGGUGUGGUUUCACCUGAUGAAAAGUUUGGAGGUAGAAGUCCACAUAGAAGAGCAAUGUUAGACUUUACUACUUGUUUAGACAAUUGUGAACUUUUACAAUCCCCUAAAACUUGGUUACAAUUUUCUUGGUCUAACUGUCAAUAUGGCAAUAAAAGAAUCUUAUGCUGCUUGGAUAGAGCAAUGUUCAAUAAUCUUUGGCUACAAAAAUAUGCAGAUUGGGGGUAUAAGGUUGGUUUAAGGAUUGCUUCAGAUCAUUCUCCUCUUCUUGGUGGUUGUGCUAACAUUCCCAAGCCUAAGAAUGUUCCUCAAAAAUUCCAAAAACUGUGGUUAUCUCAUCCUACAUUUAUGCAAGUAGUUCAAGAUUGCUGGUCUGAAUUGAUAGAGGGAGAUCCUGCAGUUGUUUUUCAAAAUGCUGAAACUAAAGUAAAUGAAGCUAUGCAGCACUCUGAUAAUAAUCCUUAUGAUGUUGAAGCCUUAGAAAAAUUGGUUGAAGCUCAAAAUCUGUAUAAUUCACAAGAAUUUCACUUAAGCUCAUUAUUAAAAGAAAAAUCCAGAGUUAAGUGGAUUAAAGAGGGAGCAACUAACACUAACUAUUUUCAUACAAGGCUGAAAAUUAGGCAAGCAAAGAACUGUAUUAGUGAGUUGAAGACUGCAAAUAGUGAAAUCAUCUCAGACCAAGGGAAAAUUGCAGAUGAAUUGGUUAUUACAGAUGAAGAUCAAAAGAUGCUAGAUGCAAUGCCCGAAGAGGAGGAAAUUAGAGCAACUAUCUUUAGUAUGGAUCCAGAUAGAUCACCUGGACCUGAUGGUUUUUCAGGUUGCCUUUAUAGAGCCUGCUGGAAUAUAAUAAAAGAGGAUGUGAUCCAAGCCAUUCAGUUUUGCUGGAGAAGAAGGUAUAUUCCUAAAGGAUUAAACUCAAAUUUCUUAGUCUUGCUUCCAAAAGUUGAUGGUGCUAAAACUCCAAGUCAGUUCAGGCCAAUUGGUUUAAGCAAUGUGAGUUUUAAAAUCUUUACAAAGCUUAUCACCAAUAGGAUGAGUGUUUUGAUGACUAAACUAAUAUCUCCUCAGCAAGCAACAUAUGUUAAAGGUAGAAGCAUUCAAGAACAGAUUCUUCUAUCUUCAGAAAUGGUUAAUGAAAUGAAAAAGAAGAGAAGGGGAGGUAAUGUAUCUCUCAAGCUUGACAUUUCACAAGCAUAUGAUUCAGUCAACUGGAAUUUUUUGUUUCAAGUACUUGAGAAAUUUGGCUUCUCUGAAUCCUGGUGUGAAUGGUUACACACUCUUUUUAAAUCUGCAAAAAUUUCAGUCAUGGUUACUGGUGGCCCUUGUGGCUUCUUUUCAGUGGGCAGGGGAUUCAGACAAGGAGACCCCUUAUCUCCAAUUCUCUUUGUCUUGAUGGAAGAUGCUUUAAGUAGGAAUUUAUCUGCAUCAGUUCAGGAAAAGAAAAUUAGCCCUAAUGAUGAUGUGUUCAUCUUCUUAAAUGGAGCCAAAAAAAGUAUAGAAAUUCUUACUCAGUUACUGGAUACUUAUCAAAGUAGCUCAGGUCAACUCAUAAAUAGAGGCAAAAGUAAGUGUUUUAUUGAUGGCACCUCAAGUCAAAGAAAGCUUCAGAUUAAAGAAUGGUUAAAAAUGGAUGUUAGUGAGUUCUCUGAUAAAUAUCUAGGAGUCAUUUUAGCUCCAGGAAGAGUUAAGUCUUCUAUUGUUUGGCCAAUAGUUGAAAUGUUGCAACAAAAGCUAGUAGGAUGGAAAGAGAGAAUGUUAUCUUUUCAAGAUAGAUUGGUGUUAAUUAAAUUUGUACUCUGCAGUAUACCAAUGUACAACAUGGCUGUUUACAAGUGGCCUGCUUCAAUCAUCAAAAUCUGUGAAAAGAUUAUCAGAAAUUUUCUUUGGUGUGAGGGUGAUACCAGGAAAUAUAAUAUUUUGGCUUGGAAAAGAGUGUGCACUCCUUACAGCGAAGGAGGUCUUGGUAUUCAGAGGCUUGAAGUUAUAAAUAAAUCACUUUUGAUGAAGAUGAUGUGGAGGAUAAUGAAGUCAAAUGAUGAUUGGGCCUUAUUCUUCAAAGAAAAAUAUAUGAAUAAAAAUGGAGUUUGGAGAGACAAUUGGCAACUUUCUUCUGUUUGGCCUGGCCUCAGAUGGGCUUGGAGCAGCUUAAAGGAUGGUCUGAAAUGGUGCAUAGGUGAUGGACAUCAAAUUUCUGCUUGGUUUGAUACUUGGAUUGGAAACAGUCCUUUAAUUGACAAAAUUGGUUAUAUCCAAUUUGUUAAAGACAAUAUCCAUAUGAGAGUGUCUGAUUUAUUAGUUAAUGGCAUCUGGAAUAUUCCUGCAGUCAUUCAAGAUGCAAUAACUUCUCUCAUCCUUCCAGAUAUUGGUGGUCAAGAUGAACUCAUUUGGAAGGUGAAUCUAAAAGGAGUUUUCUCAGUUUCAGAAGAAACAAAUCUGUUGAGGGGGAUAUACAUUGAUGAUGUUAAAAUGGUCAACUAUGGAUAUGAGAUGGUUUCAAGAUGUUGUAUCUGUCAGGAGGCUGAAGAUAGUAUGGAUCAUCUUCUUUGGAACUUUCCCAAGUGCUUUGAUGAUAUAUGGAGAGGUGCUGCUAACAAAAGUACAACUAUACAACAAAUUUGGAUUACAGCUGCUUGUGCAUGCAUUAAGGAACUAUGGUUUCAAAAAAAUAAAAGAUUCUUUGAAGGAAUUGCUCCUAGCAUACCAAAUUUCAAAUGCAGAUUAUUAAAGUUAAUCAAAGAAGGUGGAUUUAGAAUGAAUGGCACUAAAUGGAACCAAAUUUAUGAUCUACAAAUCAUCUCCUUCUUCAAGUUGGGUCCUAGGAACUCAAAAUUUCAGAGUAUUAAAGCCUGUCAGUGGUCUCCUCCAAGUAGUGAUUUCACUCUUUUCUGCUGUGAUGGUGCUUCCAUAGGCAAUCCAGGUGCUGCAGGUUUUGGGAUUGUUGUUAGGGAUCAUUUAUGUCAAGUUAUUGGUACUAUGACUGGUGGCUUUGGUACAACAACAAACUAUAUUGCUGAAGUAUAUGCAGUUAUGUGUACAGCUGAACUUGCUGUGUUUUGGAAAUGUCAAAGAAUCAUCAUCAUGUCAGAUUUUCAAUCUGUUAUUAAAAACAGCAAAUUCCAUGGUUCCUUAAAACUAGGUUGA